AUGCAGAGCUACACUGCUCUGCCUAACAGUGUGGGCACCAUACGCUUCUCCCACAACCGACACAGCUUCUCCGACAACAGCCACAAUUGCUCACACAACAAAAGCUGCAGCAACAACAACCGAAGCGUUGGACACAACAACCACACCUGCUCCAACAGCAAUCACAGAUUCACCCACAAGAACUACAGCCGUCUCAACAAAAACAGCAGCUCACAAAACAACCACAGAAACACCAAUGACAUAUACAGCUGCGGCUUUGACGAGUACAGCUGUGUCUACAAAAAGCACAGCUACACCCACAACAACCACAGCUGCACCAACGACAACUACAGCUCCACCUACAGCAACCACAGAUGCUUCCACAAUGACUUCAGCUUCACCAUCGACAACCACAGCUGCACCUACAAGCUUCUCCCACAACAACCAGAGCUUCUCCCACAACCACAGCUGCUCCUACAACAACCACAGUUGCCGCUACAACAACAAAAGCUGCAGCAACAACAACAAAAGCUGCAGCAACAACAACCAACGCGUUGGCCUCAACAACCACAGCUGCUCCAAAACUCCUCCCACAACAUCUACAGCUUCUCCCACAACAACCACAGCAUCUCCCACAACAUCCACAACUGCUCACACAACAACUACAGAUGCUCCUACAACAACCACAGUUGCAGCUACAACAACAAAAGCUGCAGAAACACCAACCGAAGCUCUGGCCUCAACAACAACAGCUACUCCAAAAGCAAUCACAGAUUCACCCACAAGAACUACAGCCGUCUCAACAAAAACAGCAGCUCACAAAACAACCACAGAAACACCAAUGACAUAUACAGCUGCGGCUUUGACGAGUACAGCUGUGUCUACAAAAAGCACAGCUACACCCACAACAACCACAGCUGCACCAACGACAACUACAGCUCCACCUACAGCAACCACAGAUGCUUCCACAAUGACUUCAGCUUCACCAUCGACAACCACAGCUGCACCUACACUGCUCCUACAACAACCACAGUUGCCGCUACAACAACAAAAGCUGCAGCAACAACAACCAACGCCUGCAGCAACAACAACAGAAGCGAUGGACUCAACAACCACAGCUGCUCCAACAGCAAUCACAGAUUCACCCACAACAACCACAACAGCUCCAACAACAACCACAGCUGCUCAAACUACAACAACAGCUUCUCCAACAAUAACCACAGCUUCUCCCACAACAACCAGAGCUUCUCCCACAACCACAGCUGCUCCUACAACAACCACAGUUGCCGCUACAACAACAAAAGCUGCAGCAACAACAACGAAAGCGUUGGUCUCAACAACCACAGCUGCUCCAACAGCAAUCACAGCUGCACAAACUACAACAACAGCUUCUCCCACAACAACCACAACAGCUCCAACAACAACCACAGCUGCUCAAACUACAACAACAGCUUCUCCCACAACAACCACACUUCUCCCACAACAAACACAGCUUCUCCGACAACAGCCACAAUUGCUCACACAACAAAAGCUGCAGCAACAACAACCGAAGCUUGCAGCUACAACAACCGAAGCGCUGGCCUCAACAAUCACAGCUGCUCCAACAACAACCACAGCUGCACAAACUACAACAAUAGCUUCUCCCACAACAACCACAGCUUCUCCCACAACAACCACAGCAACACCCUUGACAUCUACAGCUGUAGCUUUGACAACUCUGAUGAGUACAUCUGUGUCUACAAAAAGCACAGCUACACCCACAACAACCACAGCUGCACCAACGACAACCACAGCUCAACCUACAGCAACCACAGAUGCUUCCACAAUGACUUCAGCUUCACCAUCGACAACCACAGCUGCACCAACGACAACCACAGCUCAACCUACAGCAACCACAGAUGCUUCCACAAUGACAGCUGCACCAACGACAACCACAGAUUCACCUACAGCAACAACAGCUUCUCCAACAACAACCCCAGCUGUUCCUACAACAACCAGAGCUGCACCAACGACAACCAGAGCUCCAAUUACAGCGACAACUGUCACUACCACAAUGAGCUCAGCUUCACCUUCGACAACUGCACCAACGACAACCACAGCUCCACCAACAGCGACCACAGAUGCUUCCACAUCGACCUCAGCGUCACCUUCAACAACCACAGCUGCACCUACAGCAACAACAUAUUUUCCUACAACAACCACAGCUUCACCAACGGCAACAACAGUUCAUGUUUCAACAACAAUGGAACCAACAACCACAGCAGCGCCAACAACAACCCCAGAUGCUCCCACAACAACCACAGUUGCACCAACAAUACACACAGCUCCACCUACAGCGACCACAUAUGCUUCCACAUCGACCUCAGCAGCUGCACCAACGACAACCACAGCUCCACCUACAGCGACCACAGCUGCUUCCACAAAAAUCUCAGCUUCGCCGUCGACAACCACAGCUGCACCAACGGCAACUACAGCUCUUGUUACAACUACAGUAGCUCCUACAACAACAGCAGCUUCAACAACAACCUCAGCUGCUCCCACAACAACCACAGUUGCACCAACAAUAACCACAGCUCCACCUACAGCGACCACAGAUGA